AUGAGUAUAGUUGUAUUUUCGGAAGAUCCAACCACUAGAAACAAGCGAUUAAAAUUUGAAGAACGUCAAGCCAUUGCAGAUUGGCUUUUGAAAGAAAGCAAGGAAGGAAAACAAAAAUAUGGAUCUUUAAAACAAGAUGGUAUUUUGUUCAACAAAUCAAGAAGAACUAUUUUACGCAUUUGGAAGCAAUGUAAAUCAUCUGUUGAUAAUGGUACACCGUUGGAUGUGUCUUCGAAACUUGUAGGCAUAGUUGGAAGAAAACGGGUGGAAGUUGACAUUAAUCAAGUUAAAGAAACUCCACUUUGUCGUCGAACAAAUAUUCGAUCUCUGGCUUUUGCGAUGAACAUGGCAAAAUCAAAUGUCUUUCGGCGAAUAAAAGAUGGCACUAUUCGGACACAUACCAAUUCCAUUAAGCCUCAACUAACCGAACAAAAUAAGAAGAGUGAAAGGUACUACCUACUUCCUGAAGAACAUGAGCCUGAUCCAUAUCGCUCUUGCAAAAUUAAGGAACCAGCUAAGCGGAAUAGCAAGAAUCAAACAGCAGGAACUCUCGAAACAAAACCCAUUAUAUCAGUAACUAAAGAUAUCACCAGGGCUUGUUUGAUUGAGAAAGUUCUUCCUGCCAUUAGAUCAAAAUGGCCAGCUUCAGAUUCAAACAUUCCUAUCUUUAUACAACAAGAUAAUGCAAGACCACAUAUUGGUGUCAAUGAUUUGGAAUUUAGCAAUCCAAUCUCUUCAAUACCAAAGGCUCCUUCAAAUGUUGAUGAAUUAGUGGAAGCAGUGGAAAGAUCUUUUGAUGAAAUGAAGGUUGAACAACUCAACCAUGUAUUUCUUACUUUACAAUCUUGUAUGAUUGAGGUGAUGAAAGAUAAUGGAGGCAACAACUACAAAGUGCCUCAUUUGAACAAAAACAGAUUAGAAAGAGAAGACAAUCUUCCUCUUCAACUUUGUUGUGAUAUUGGUAUUGUCAAUCAUGUUUCAACUCUACUUCAACAAUGA